AUGUUGAAAGAAGAGGUUGAAGCGAGCAGGCCUAGAAAUGGUGAUAACUCGCACACGACUACACCGGACUCAGGAAGUAACGACGUGGCCAAAGAGUCGCAUCAGAAGAUCGCGAUAAAAGAGAGACUAGCCAACAAGAUGUUUUCAUAUGCCAGGAAAAUCAUUCGUUUUUUCCUUGCAAUUAUUUUUACCACCUUAGCUGCUCUUCAUAGUUCUUCUCCCAAAGUAUCAAAACCUCCAUUAGCUAAACCAUUCUUCAACCAAAGUUCAAUCGUCUUGGAUUUUUAUAAAGGACAUUUAGGAGCUAUGAUAGAAAGAGUUACGGAAGCAGACUUCAGUUUUGUUAUGUAUUAUGCCCCGUGGGACGCAGAAAGCCAAGCCGUACGCCAAGAAUUUGAAACAGUUGCUCAAUAUUAUCAUUCACAGAUUUUUUUUGCUGCUAUUAAUUGCUGGCAUCCAAAUUCAGAAUGUAAAGCUCAAUAUAACAAAAUACAAAGCUAUCCAGUGCUAAUGCUUUAUCCUUCGAGAGAUUCUGGUAUAGAAUACAGAGGUAUACGUACAUGGCCAUAUAUGAUAAAAUUUCUUAAUACAGUUAUGAAUCCAAUUGUUAGGAUCACACAUAAAGAACAAUUAACAGAUUUACGUGUGAAUUAUGAUAUUGUAGUAGUAGGUUAUUUUAAUUUCACUCGGUUAGAUAAAACUCCUGGUUACAAAGAAUUUUAUAAGGCUGCUUUACGAACAUUAGAAGAGGACCCUAAUAGAGAAUUGGCUUUUGCUAUUGUUACUAGUGCACUAUCUAGUGAAACGGACUAUAAUAUUUAUAAAUUUCCAUCUGCAAAUUUAUUUAUGUGGAGCAAGUCUCUAAGGUAUCCAGAAGACUCUGAAUGGACUUCCGAAAACAUAUUAAAUUGGAUUAGCAGCUUUAUUCACCAACCAGUUCUGUGGCUGCAACCUCCUGGAGUAAAAGCACUAACAUUAGCACCAUAUUUGAGAGAAGGGCCUGUGCUUUUUCUCUUCACUCCUCGUAAUCCUUUGCAUUCUGAAAAUUAUAAUUUUAACCUGAUCAGAGAAAUUGGACUACAAUAUUAUAAUUGUGCAGAUAACAUCUUAACUAAGGAGAUAAUUAAUCGUCUCAGUUUCAAGCGUCGUACUGCUAUUGCGAGGCAUUCGGAGCAAAACAAAUUUUGUGCGAAACUUUUGAAGGAAAUUAGUAAUCAAAGAAAUGAUUUCAUUACCAGCACUUCAAUCCAAAAAUGGAUUAACGAUAGUUGCUGUGUUAAUGUUGUAAUGAACAAAUGUUCUUUGUGUAAAAAGAAUAUAUUCAGCAACGCAAACAAAAAAAUGUCUAUUUGUAAACUGAAUAGUAAUAAAUUUAAUCACGUUUGCGAAGGCGUUGAUAUUUUCAAAGUUUCAGCUACACAUGAUUCACAACAGAAAUAUGAAAUUUGUUGUAAUGAAGAUCCUACUAUAGUAAAAUACGAAGACAACUUUAAAUUUAAGAGUCAAAAAUACAAAAUAUCGGCAUUUAUUACAAACGAAGAGGAUGUACGAUCUGCAAACGCAAUAAAACAAGCACAUUUAAGAUCUGAGUGUAAAAGAUGGAUAAUUGGAAACAGAUAUCAUCAACCUAUAUUUCCGCGAGAUAAUCUCGAAUAUCCAAAUAUAAAUUUAACAAAAUCAGUGUGUACAAUUAAUAAAACAUUGACAUUAAUAGCAAUUGAUAGUUUACAUUAUUUUUAUUUCGCGGAAGGCCUGGGCAUAGACCUUUUAAAAAGGAAAGAUAAAACUGCUGUUGUUAUAUUAGAUGUUGUUCAUGAAAGUCAAUAUGUCAUGCAGGAAGAUUUUAAUCGAUAUACACUUAUACAGUUUAUAAAUAAUUAUACUCAAGGUUUUUUACAACGUACAUUACGUUCUAAUAAUUCGAGACGUUUUGUACAAAAAUUUAAAACUAAAGUUAGUUGUAAAACGAAAAAUGUACAAAAUAUAUGCAUACCAGAAUUAACAACUGAAACAUUCUUAGAUACUAUAUUAGAUCCAACGAAGGAUGUGGUCAUAAUGUACCACUCUCCUUAUUGUGCAUUUUGUAGCGCAAUAUUUUAUGUAUACUUAACAGUAGCUCAUUACUUACACAAAAUGGAUCAUCUGUUAUUUGUAAGAGUAGACGGUGAUAAUAAUGAUUUACCGUGGGAAUAUAAUAUGAAUCGAUUCCCAUCCAUUCUUUUUUUUCCUGCCAAAAGAAAAGAGGAUAGCACGGUGUAUCCAUUUUCUUUGUCAAUUACAAUACCGAAUCUUGUGAAUUUUAUUUUAGCAAAUUUGGACGAAGAUUCGCAUGUUGAAGCGCUUGUAAAUAUUUGUCAGUCUGGAGCCGGUAUGAUUCCAGAUGCGUGUAUCGCUCGAACUCGUUGGCUGUGUUUAGAUAUUAUUCAACAAUUGCUUCGAGAUUAUCGAAAAUUAAUAAGGCAUAUUGCUAUACUAGGAAGAACAAGUGCCAGGAAUAAAAGAAAAGUCAUUUUACUAAAAUUGGCACACAUUAAAGAUAUACACUUAAUAUUGAGUUCCACUAUCGACCUCAGAGAGGAUCAAUACAAAGUAAAACUCAUCAGAAAAAAAUAUAGAAAAUAUUAUAAAAAUAUUAGGUCACUUGAGUUAGAUAGCAAAAUAAAUAGCAAUCAAGUGGAAGAUUUAUAUCAAGAACAAAAUGUUCUCGAAAGGAAAAUGAUUAGAAGCGAAUUGUGAUAUCGAUUUAAAGAUAGAUAUAUUGCAAUGAAUGUUAUUUUACCUAAGUUCUUUUAUGACUUUGUACUAAAUGUACAGUAUAUACCUCACAAACGGUUUUAUUUUACGAAUGUAAAAUACAUUCAGCUGAAUUGUAUGUAUCAUGCGCAAAUGAUAUCACAACUUAUUUAAAUAUUUUUGUGAAUAUGUAUUAGGAAAAUACUUAUCACUUCAGUGCGAAAAAAAAACAUUCCCCAUUUAAUGGUGCGAAAAUAUUAUGGAUGCAAUUUUUGCUAUGUACUUGUAAAAAAUGUACAUUCGUUAUUUUUUAUUUAAAUUUUUAUAAAAAUUUUGCAAGGAAAAGAUAUUUAUAACUAUCGUUCAAACAAAGAUAGUAACACAUUGAUAAGACUAUUUUUUCCAGUGCAUCAUGAUCCUAUACAGGGAGUGUACGUACAUUAGACUUACUCACCUUUCAUUAAUAUUCAUGAUGUUUAAUGUUAGACCAGAGAAGCAAAAUGUAUUAUUGCAGAUGUACAAUAGCAAAGCACGUAAAUUCUAACUUUCAGAAUUUAUUUUAAAAUACAAGAUAUUUAGGCAAUAUUAAGUAAGUCCUAUCUCUACAUCAAAGUGAGAUUAUCAGUUUGAGUUUCUAUUUGGUUCUAUUGUGUGAUUCGUGCAUACAUUUAUUAAAAAUGUAUGUAACUUGUACAUUUGUGUAAAUAUUGUUAUACGUUAUAAGAAUAAAAACUAUACAUUGAUAUAAAAAAAAUAUAAAAAGAUUAUGAAUAGAGAAAAAGAAGUGUAAAAUAAUUAAUUACAAUUAUAUAAUGAUUGCAACGAACAAUUAAAAUAUUAAUUCAUAUCAUUUUGUAACUAUUGUAACUCUGAUUUUAAUCGUAUAAGACUUAUUGGUGGCAUAAUGAAUUCAUAACAAAAU